AUGAAUACAGAGAAGCGCCGCGUGCUGGUGGUGGGAUCGGGGGGUGUGGGGACAAUGGUCUCUGUCGCCCUCGAACGAUCCAACAUGGCAUCAGUCACCGCGGUGCUCAGGUCUAAUUAUGAACGAGUUAUUGAAAAUGGAUUCGAGAUUGAAUCCAUCGACCACGGCAAAUUGACCAACUGGAGACCAAGUGCAGUUGUCAACUCGGUCCCCAUGGCUGAUCUCCACGCACCAUUUGACUAUGUGAUUGUGACCAUGAAAAACAUACCGGAAGUGAACAAUAUCCCCAGGAUUAUCGCACCGGCAAUUACGCCGGGUCACACAACAAUUGUACUGUUUCAGAACGGGAUGUACAUUGAACCACCCAUCAUUGAAGCUUUCCCGUCAAAUGCCGUACUAUCAGCGCCCAGCUAUAUUGGCGCACACGAGAAUAACGGAUACGUGAUACAUGAUGAUCACGACAAUUUCCACAUAGGCGUCUUCCACAACAAAUCGCUAGAUAAAUCCCAUGAGCGAGAAAAGCUAGAGGAGUUCGCAAAGAUCUAUAACGGAAGCAAAGUGGUUGAUGCAAAUAUCGUUGAUGAUAUCGUGUUCUAUCGCUGGCGGAAAUUGCUCUGGAAUGGGGUUUUCAACCCUAUGUGCGCCAUCACGCAGCUGAACAGUGGUGCGAUCCGAACAUUCGGCGGUGAGCACAGCUUGAUUAGGCCCGGCAUGAUGGAAAUGCUGUCCAUUGCAAAGGCAGAUGGCUAUGAUCUUGGACCUGGAAUUGUGGACGAAGUUAUCAAUAACCCGCCUCUUGAGCUAUCAUUCCGUCCAAGCAUGCUUGUGGAUGUGGACAAGGGUAACCCCGUAGAGGUGGAGGUUAUCCUGGGGAAUGCUCUGCGUGUUGCGAGAGAUAAAGGCGUCCAGACGCCACUCUUGGAUACCACAUACCGAUUCUUGAAACUCACUCAAGCGCGGCUGCUGGCUGCAAGGGGGUUGAUUGUUGAACCAAAAGAGCUGCCAACCACUGAUUUGAUAUAG